AUGGCUUCCAAUUUUAAUGACAUAGUAAAACAAGGGUAUGUAAAGAUUAGGAGCAGACGCUUAGGUAUUUAUCAAAGAUGCUGGCUAGUAUUCAAGAAAGCUUCAAGCAAAGGUCCAAAAAGAUUGGAGAAAUUUUCAGAUGAGCGGGCAGCAUAUUUUAGGUGUUACCAUAAGGUCACAGAGCUUAAUAAUGUUAAGAAUGUAUUACGAUUACCCAAAAGCACAAAGAAACAUGCAAUUGGGAUUUAUUUCAACGAUGAUACCUCCAAGACCUUUGCUUGUGACUCAGAGCUUGAGGCAGAUGAGUGGUGUAAAGUGCUGCAGAUGGAAUGCCUGGGAACUCGCAUUAAUGAUAUCAGUCUUGGAGAGCCUGAUUUAUUGGCUACUGGUGUAGAAAGAGAGCAGAGUGAGAGAUUCAAUGUGUAUUUGAUGCCAUCUCCUAACUUAGAUGUACAUGGGGAAUGUACCUUGCAGAUAACAUAUGAGCAUAUCUGUCUUUGGGACAUCCAGAAUCCCAGAGUCAAGCUCAUCUCUUGGCCAUUAAGUGCCCUCCGGCGAUAUGGACGAGAUCCAACUUGGUUCACAUUUGAGGCAGGAAGGAUGUGCGAUACCGGGGAAGGACUUUUUAUCUUUCAGACAAGAGAUGGAGAAGCCAUCUAUCAGAAAGUACACUCCGCUGCCCUGGCCAUAGCAGAGCAGCAUGAGCGUCUGCUACAGAGUGUGAAAAAUUCAAUGCUCCAAAUGAAGAUGAGUGAGCGAGCCGUCUCACUAAGCACCAUGGUGCCCCUUCCCCGCAGUGCCUAUUGGCAGCAUAUCACUCGGCAGCACAGCGCUGGCCAGCUGUACAGCUUACAAGAUGGUUCAAGUACUCUGAAGCUUCACCGAACAGAGACUUUCCCAGCCUACCGAUCAGAACACUGAUAGAGACCGUGGUGGAUCUUGGAAAUGUUUGUGAUUUGUCAGCCAAUGGACCAACUUGGAGGAAGAACAAAA